AUGUUGUCUAACCAUCUCUUUCAUUGUAACCCCUUCUUCUUCCUUCCUUUUACCAUUCCUUGUAGAAUAGUCUUGGAAGGCUUCGCAAUCUGGCCGGAAGUUAAAAUAUCUACUUUCCCAUUUUCUUUCUGUCCCCCCCCACUUCUCUUUUUUCUUUUUUUCCAUUUUGUUUCUCUUCUUUUUAUUUUUUCUCUUUUGCUUUCUCCUUUUGUUCUUUUGCUUUCUCUUUUUCUCUUUUGCUUUCUCUUUUUCUCUUUUUCUCUUUCUUUUUCUCUUUUGCUUUCUCUUUUUCUCUUUUGCUUUCUCUUUUUCUCUUUUUCUCUUUUGCUUUCUCUUUUUCUCUUUCUUUUUCUCUUUUUUUCUUUUGCUUUCUCUUUUUUGCUUUUUUUUUUCUCUUUUGCUUUCUUUUUUGCUUUCUCUUUUUCUCUUUUGCUUUCUUUUUUCUUUUUUCUCUUUUGCUUGUUCUUUUUUGUUCUUUUUGCUUUUCUUUUUGUUCUUUGCUUUUCUCUUUUUUGUUCUUUUGCUUUCUCUUUUCUCUUUUUGUUCUUUUGCUUUCUCUUUUUCUCUUUUGCUUUCUCUUUUUGUUCUUUUGCUUUCUCUUUUUCUCUUUUGCUUUCUCUUUUUGUUCUUUUGCUUUCUCUUUUUGUUCUUUUGCUUUCUCUUUUUCUCUUUCUUUUUGUUCUUUUGCUUUCUCUUUUUCUCUUUUGCUUUCUCUUUUUGUUCUUUUGCUUUCUCUUUUUCUCUUUUGCUUUCUCUUUUUGUUCUUUUCCUUUCUCCCUUUCCAUUUUUUUCUUAAUUCCUUUUGUUUUUUUCCUUUCCUUUUCUUUUUUCUCUUUUCCUUUCCUUUUUUCUCUAUUUUGCACUCUCACUCUUGCUCUCUUUCUCUUGCUCUUUACAAUUUAA